CAGCCCUGCUCAGACGCAGAUGAAGACAAACCCUUCUUGGUUGCUGCAGCUGCACCAGCUCUCAGCCACCAGGUUAGUGUUAGUGUGGAAGUGGAUCUCUCAGCUUGAUGCAAGUGAAACUACGGAAAAAGAUGUCAGACGUGGCCUUCCAUGGUUUCAAUGAAGGACCACUGCGAGGAGCUCUGGACAUUUGUUUAUAAAUGUACUUAAUGGACAGACCAGCAGGAUGGAUGAUUUGGAAAUAAAUCCUGAAGUCACGGGUGCUAAAGAAGAAAUCCUAUGUGAUGAUAAUUUCAUAUCUGAGGAAGACAGUGGCAUUCCUAAACCACAAGAGAGUGACACGUCAUUUCAGAAGAACAGUACACUGACUCUGUCUGAGGAGCUAUCAAGGGACAGAUCUGAAAAAGCCUUAAGUGGAGGCCAGACUUCUUUAUUUAUUCACACUGGUGCUCCUACUGUUUCUAGUGAAAACUUUAUCUUGUCUAGAGGAUCUGCUGUUAAUGGACCAGUUUCACACUCCACCUCCACCAAGACUUCCAUUAUGAAUAAAGGCAGCGCGUCAUUAACCACUGGACAGUCUGUAGGUCAUCAUACAGAUUCGUGCUCAGCUUUGACAGUGGUUCAUGAUCUUCAGCUGCCUGCAAAAAGUACAACACAGACAUCAAAUCAGCACCAAGUUUUAUUUUUGUUACCUGAUGUAGCACAUGCUAAGAACCUGACUCAUUCCAUUAAAAAUCUACCUACCUCUGCUUCAGUUGGUUGCGAUUCACCGAAAUCAGUAGGAAAUAGUGUAGAUAGCACUUUAGUAGGCGAAGUAGAAGUUUGUGAGGAUGAUAAAAAUUUGCUAGUAAAAGAUGAUUGCGUUGACACAUUAACAGGCAUUUCCUCAGGUACAAGUGGUUUCGGAUCAGGAUGCGAUCCCAGCUGGGAUCCUCAAAAAGAGUUUAUACAGUUUCUUAUGACAAAUGAAGAAACCAUAGAGAAGUCUCCUGUUCACUGUAAAGUAGGUCUGGAAAAAAAGAGAAAAAGAAAAAUGGAUGUUAGCAAAAUAACACGCUAUACUGAAGACUGCUUUAGUGAUACCAGUUAUAUUCCCAGUAAAUCAAAGUUGCUAAAUGUUGACUUCUUAGAGCAGAGUGAGGAGCUACAAAUAGAACCACAACGAUAUUCAUUGAGUAAAGUAAAGCCUGAAUCCACAGAUGAAGAGUUGGAAGCUGUUGAUGCUAUUCAACAGCUGAUUUAUAGUCCUGCUAGUAACUGUGCAGAAGAUACUUCUCCUGUUCACACUAGCACUUUUCUUUCUAAUACUUUAAAAAACAAAUGUGAACAGAAUGAUUCUGAAUCACCAUCUACUUUCAGUACUGAUGAACCAUCAUUUUAUCCCUGUACAAAGUGCAAUGUGAAUUUUAGGGAGAAGAAACAUCUUCAUAGGCAUAUGAUGUACCAUUUAGAUGGGAACAGUCAUUUCCGACAUCUCAACGUCCCCAGGCCCUAUGCAUGUAGGGAAUGUGGACGGACAUUUCGAGAUCGUAAUUCGCUGCUUAAACAUAUGAUAAUUCACCAGGAACGAAGGCAGAAACUGAUGGAAGAAAUCCGUGAGCUGAAAGAACUUCAGGAUGAGGGUAGGAGUGCACGAUUACAGUGCCCACAGUGUGUAUUUGGUACCAAUUGUCCCAAAACAUUUGUGCAGCAUGCAAAGACCCAUGAAAAAGAUAAGAGAUAUUAUUGCUGUGAGGAAUGCAAUUUCAUGGCUGUGACAGAAAAUGAGCUGGAAUGCCAUCGAGGGAUUGCUCACGGAGCAGUAGUCAAAUGUUCAAUUAUCGGUAGUGACAUAUCCCAGAGGAAAGCACAGAAAAAGGCAUCCAUGAAAGAUCCAUAUUUAGGAUCCUCAAAAAAGUCAUCAGCAUAUAUGUGUAAGAUGUGUCCGUUUACUACAUCAGCUAGAAGCAUUUUAAAAAAACACAUGGAAUAUUUGCAUCCAACAUCAUGCAUUGAUCCCUUUCGUAGCCAUCUUAGAUUAGAAAAAAGAAAAGGCAGCAUAAUUGAAGAAUCUUUAGAUUUUGGUAGCAGGACAAAACAGUUGAUCAAGCAAUCUUCUACUUUUCCAAAGAACUCUGUUUUAAAACAGGAUGUGAAAAGAUCAUUUGGCUCUACUUCACAGUCCAGUAACUUCACAAAACUUCACAAGAGGCCCUACAGGAUACAGAAGGCUCGGAAAAGCGUUUCGCAGUCAUCUGUAAGUGUGCGCAAUCUAAAUUCUACAGACAAGACCUGUUUGAUUAGAAAUAGCAUUGACCAGAAACCUAAAUAUUUUCGUCAAGCAGCAAAGCAGAAAGCUAGUGUCAAAAGAAGCAGUAAUUAUUUGUAUAGAAACAAAUAUGCAAACUACAGGAUGAUUAAAAAAUCUAGUGACUCUUAUCCUUUAUGUUUAAAACAGGGAGAGUCCAGCUCUGUUGAUUCUUUACAUUUUUCUUCAUCAGGUAGUCCCCAUAAUAAUUGUUUUGUCAUGGAUUCGAAUAAUCUUGAUUGCAAAACGGCAGAGGGCUAUAAAGAUUGUAGACAUGUAGCUGUAAAGAGAGUGGUUAAAGAAUCCAACAGGGAAGGCUCUGUUACAGGAGAUGAUUUGGAUUGCUAUCCAGAUUUUCUGCAUAAAAUGACUGUUGUUGUUUUACAGAAACUUAACUCUGCUGAAAAAAAAGACAGCUAUGAAACGGAGGAUGAGAGUUCAUGGGAUAAUGUUGAACUAUGUGAUUACACUACACAGUCUGUGGAGGAUGAACCUUACAGUGAUAUUAAUCAGGAGCAUGUAAACCUAUUCCCCAUAUUCAAAGGUAAAAUGGAAGAUCAUGAAGCUGCUGAUAAAUCAUCACUUAGUUAUGAGCAGAAUGAUGGCUUUUAUUUUGAGUAUUACGAAGAUGCUGAGGGUAGUAACUUCCUGCAUGAUUUGCAUGAUCCUCAGAAUUUAGAAAAUGUAGGAUCAGCAUUGCCAAAGCAUAAUUCAGUUUUCCAUUGGACUGAUUUGUCACUUGAAAAGAAGUCCUGCCCGUACUGUCCAGCAACAUUUGAAACAGGUGUUGGCUUGUCCAAUCAUGUCCGAGGACAUCUGCACAGAGCUGGAUUAAGCUAUGAAGCCCGUCAUGUUGUUUCACCAGAACAGAUAGCAACAAGUGACAAAAUGCAACAUUUUAAAAGAACUGGAACAGGAACUCCUGUUAAACGUGUUCGAAAAGCAAUUGAGAAAUCUGAAACUUCCUCUGAGCACACCUGUCAGCUCUGCGGAGGCUGGUUUGAUACUAAAAUUGGAUUGUCUAAUCACGUGCGAGGACACCUGAAGAGGCUUGGCAAAACCAAGUGGGACGCACACAAGUCUCCCAUCUGUGUUCUGAAUGAGAUGAUGCAAAAUGAAGAGAAGUAUGAAAAAAUCCUAAAGGCUUUGAACAGUCGCCGCAUUAUUCCCAGACCGUUUGUUGCUCAGAAACUUGCAUCGAAUGAUGACUUUUUAUCUCAGAAUGUUAUACCUCUCGAAGCAUACCAUAAUGGCCUAAAGACUGAAGAUACAUCUGUGUCUGCCUCAGAGGAAGAAGGGCUGAGUUUCCUAAAUGAAUGUGAUGAAACAAAAGCAGUACUACAUGAUGAAAAAAAAAAUCAGUCACUUACACUGAUAGAACUCUUGAAAAAUAAAAGGUUGGGAGACGAACGGAAUCCUGAUAUUUCUCCUCAAAAGAUUCAUAAUCAAACUGCAAGAAAGAGGUUUGUUCAGAAAUGUGUUCUUCCAUUAAAUGAAGACAGUCCAUUGAUGUAUCAGCCGCAAAAAAUGGAUUUGACUAUGCAGUCAGCUUUAGACUGUAAGCAAAAGAAGUCAAGGUCAAGAUCUGGAAGCAAGAAAAAAAUGCUGCCAUUACCUCAUAGUGCUGAUGAAGUUUACAUACUCAGAUGCAGGUUUUGUGGUCUGGUCUUUCGAGGACCUUUGUCUGUUCAAGAAGACUGGAUAAAGCACUUGCAGCGACACAUUGUCAACGCAAAUCUUCCACGGACUGGAGCUGGCAUGGUUGAAGUCACAUCACUACUCAAAAAGCCUGCUUCAAUUACUGAAACUUCAUUUUCUUUACUGAUGGCAGAAGCAGCAUCAUAGACCAAGAAAACAUUUUAAAUUUGAAUUGGAUGUAAAUUUGAAAUACUUCAUCUUUUUUUAAUAAAUUGCUACACUAAAUUAUGUUUAUAAAUCAUAAAGAAAAAAGUGGAUUACAGGAACAUCAAAAAUUGAAUACUUAACAGUUACAGUAAGUAGUCUUUAUAUUUUAUAUAGGGUGGAAGAUGUGUUUUUAAAGUUUCUUAUGUUUUUGUCAGUUACCGUGUUCACUAUCAAUACAAGACCAUUACAUGUAUGGCAGCCAUUUUUAAAUUGUUGCACAUGGGUACUUAAUGACAGAUUUUAAUAAAGUUUAAAAAAAAAAAGAAAAAAAAAGAAACCACAUUCUCUGCAGUGUUACCCAAAUCAAGGUUCUGUUUAUUCCAAAAAGAAUUACAUAGUAAAAUAAGAUAUUAUUAUAUUUUGUUUGUAUGUAUGUAGUGUUUUGUAUAAUACCAAGAACUGCUAAUACAAUUUACUUAACUUAGGGCAUUAAAUAUCAUGUACUUCAUAGUUCAAGAGACUGUUUCAUUCAAAUAGGGCAAUUAGUACUAUCUAGGUGUGUAAGUGUUUUUGUUUUUUUUUUUUUUUUUUUUUUUUUUUUUUUUAAUCACAUGAGGCUUUUUGUACUAAAAAAAAAAGUGGAGGGAAACUUGUUUAAACAAAUUUCUAAGAGAAAUAUGUACAUAAUACUGGAAAUUUGUGGUAAGGAAAUAUUCUUUACUUCAGUUGCAUUUCUCACUGACAAUAAAGUGGUGCAUCCAUGCUACCUCCUACUUGUCAACAAAGAUGGUAUUUACCCUUAUGUUUUUGUAUCAUAGUAGAUUCAAAUCCAACUUUCAUUAUUAUAAAGCAUCUUUUUGUUAACAAGUUUGUUUCUUUAUGAUGAUUUACUUAAAAUCUGACUUGCUUACAGAAGUUUGCCUCUACUAUUUUAUUUAACACUGUAGAAAUGUACUAAUAAGCAUUGCUCACUACACGGUUUAGAGUAGACUUUUCAUUUAUAAUUCUGUUAAAAGAUUGAUCAUUUUAGAGAAUUUGAACACAGAUUGAAAUGUUUCUACAUAUGAAGAGAAUGUUUACAACUUAAAAUUUAGAGCUCGUUUUGGAUGUGAUUAUAUGUAUGAAAACUGUAACACUAUGCUCAUGCUAAGGACCUACUUACAGAAUUACUGAAAUAAAAUGUGCUGUGAGGAUGGAAAUAUGGUGCAGGUGUCUUGGUCAUGAUAAACUGUGUUUGUUCACUUAAACUGUCUUCAGAACAUGAUUUUUGUUUAAAUCAUAAAUCAGAUUCCUCUACAAAUCAAUUCUGUAUGCAAGUAACAUUUCAUUUUACUCAUAUAGGGUAAUUAAUACUGUAGUUAAGCCAAGGAUAUGCAUUGAUAUUUUCUUUAUAUGUAAAUAAAGUUAAAAGCAGUUAAACAAGAGGAGUAUUUUGGUAGAGUAUAUACAUACCUCACUGCCAGUGAAAUUGCUUUCCUAUGGUAUAUCUCCUUACCAGAAAAAAAUCUCUAAAUAAAAAGGUUUAAAGAAAAUCUAAAUGUC